UUACGAAAAUUACAUACGAUUGCCACUAGGCUGCUUUGACUAGAGCUUGACCUCUUCUCCCAGUGAAGAAGGAACGAUACAGAGAAGAGAGAGAGAGAGAGAGAGAGAGAGAGAGAGAGAGAGAGAGAGAGAGAGAGAGAGAGAGAGAGAGGGAAAUCGAAAACUCGUCAGCUAAAAGAAAGAUUCAGCGAAGAUGAGUACCAUGAAGUUCUGUCGCGAAUGUAAUAACAUCUUGUAUCCGAAGGAAGACAGGGAGCAGUCCAUACUCCUCUACGCCUGCCGUAAUUGCGAUCACCAGGAAGCAGCGGAUGACAACUGUGUUUACAGAAACGAGGUUCACCAUUCUGUUAGUGAACAAACUCAGAUCCUCUCUGACGUUGCCUCUGACCCGACUCUUCCCCGCACCAAGGCCGUGCGCUGCGCCAAGUGUCAACACGGCGAAGCUGUCUUCUUCCAGGCUACUGCUAGAGGUGAAGAAGGAAUGACUCUGUUCUUCGUUUGCUGCAACCCUAAUUGUGGCCAUCGCUGGAGAGAAUAGAACUAGUACUUGUUUACAUUGAUUUCCCCUCUGUAAUGUGUUCUUUGACUUACUCUGCUGGAAGUGUUUUCAGUUUAGAGUUUUCUGUGUGUUCAGAUAAAUAUGAAUACUGUGGCGGGCCUGGCGGUUAUUCUCGAUUUUUCAGGGUCUUUUGUGAUAAUUUUCCUUUUACCUCAGUCUAAUUAUUUAUUUUCUCA